GUCUUCUUUGUGCUCUUUAAUGAAGUUAACUCUCGGCGAGCCGCACAGACUCUCCAGAGCCGAGGAUGAGGAGCACCUGAAAGACAUGGCUGGCUCUCCUCAUCCGGGAUUCGGGAAUUCUGGGAAGUGUUUCCUGAUCGAGAACCUGCUGCGUCCCGAGAGAUGCCCGGCGGCUCGGGGCCCGCCGGGGCCCCUGAUGAAGAGGUGUGUCCCUCACGCUCCGUCAGUGAUCAGUGUGUCUCUGCCUCGCUGCGCUGGACCUGUGCUGACCGCUUCUCCUCUGUUCCCCAAGAUGCUGUGGAGCCCAGCGCUGAGCUCCAGGACUCGGACGGGGAUCCUCAGACGAGCCGUGUUUUCUGACCAGCAGAGACGAGAGCUGGAGAAGACCUUCCACAAGCAGAAGUACAUCAGCAAGACUGAGCGCAACCGGCUGGCCAGUGACCUCUGUCUGAAAGAGACGCAGGUGAAGAUCUGGUUCCAGAACCGCAGGAUGAAGUGGAGGAACUCCAGAGAGAAGGAGAGCACGUACUCUGGGCCGCAGAACACACACACACACACACGCGCUCACACACACACACACGCUCACACGCUCACACACACACACACACACACGCUCCGAGCAGACGACACGUCCCACAGGAGAACAGACUCUUGAUGCCCGACAUCUCGACCCAGACAGCCUGGAAACAACAAACUUUACAUGUUUCUAUUCGUUAACAUGAAAAGAAAUUACAAUUAUGAGAUACUGCAUCAGGGUUAUGACAUUAAAAUUAUGUGUCACAAUUCUCAUAUUUAACAUCAUAUAUUUUGGAGUUUUAUUUUACUAUUUUUGAGUUUUUUGGGGUAAAAAUAUAAGGUGUUAAGUCAGAAUUGCGAAAUUAAAAAUCUAAAUGAUGAGAUACUAAAUCAUAAUUUUGAAAUUAAACAGAAGCUGAAUCAUAAUUAUGAUGAAAGUCAAAAAUGAGAUAAUAAAAAGUUGUUGCAAAUAUUUCUGUGGUUGCUAGGCUGUUGCUAUGUGGAUCCAAAUGCAUUUUGGGUGGUUGCUAGGCUGUUGCUAUGUGGAUCCAAAUCUAUUUUGGGUGGUUGCUAGGCUGUUGCUAUGUGGAUCCAAGUGUGUUUUGGGUGGUUGCUAGGCUGUUGCUAUGUGGAUCCAAGUGUGUUUUGGGGGGUUGCUAGGCUGUUGCUAUGUGGAUCCAAGUGUGUUUUGGGUGGUUGCUAGGCUGUU